GAAAGGAAGGCGCCGCCGGGGGCUGGCUGGAUACGACGCGGCGACGCCGGCCUCCCGGGAGGCGCGCGCCCAGCGGAGAUGUACGGUGUGUGUGGCUGCUGCGGCGCCCUACGCCCCAGGUACAAGAGGCUGGUGGACAACAUCUUCCCUGAGGAUCCCGAGGAUGGCCUGGUGAAGACCAACAUGGAGAAGCUGACCUUCUACGCCCUCUCAGCCCCAGAAAAGCUCGAUCGCAUUGGCGCCUACCUCUCCGAGAGGCUCAUCCGUGAUGUGGGUCGACAUCGAUAUGGGUACGUGUGCAUCGCCAUGGAGGCAUUGGACCAGCUGCUCAUGGCCUGCCACUGCCAGAGCAUCAACCUCUUCGUGGAGAGCUUCCUCAAGAUGGUGGCCAAGCUGCUGGAGUCGGAGAAGCCCAACCUGCAGAUCCUCGGCACCAACUCAUUUGUGAAGUUUGCCAACAUCGAGGAGGACACCCCGUCCUACCACCGGAGCUAUGACUUCUUUGUGUCCCGAUUCAGCGAAAUGUGCCACUCGAGCCAUGAUGACUUGGAAAUCAAGACUAAAAUCCGAAUGUCGGGGAUCAAAGGCCUACAAGGGGUGGUGAGGAAGACCGUGAAUGACGAACUGCAGGCUAAUAUCUGGGACCCACAGCACAUGGACAAGAUCGUCCCAUCGUUGCUCUUCAACCUGCAGCACGUAGAGGAGGCAGAGAGCCGGUCUCCCUCGCCCCUCCAAGCUCCAGAGAAGGAAAAGGAGAACCCGGCAGAGCUGGCCGAGCGGUGCCUACGGGAGCUGCUGGGCCGAGCUGCCUUUGGCAACAUCAAAAACGCCAUCAAGCCUGUCCUCAUCCACCUGGAUAACCACUCUCUUUGGGAACCCAAGGUGUUUGCCAUCCGCUGCUUUAAGAUCAUCAUGUACUCCAUUCAGCCGCAGCACUCCCACCUGGUUAUCCAGCAGCUCCUGAGCCACCUGGACGCCAACAGCCGCAGCGCAGCCACGGUGCGUGCGGGCAUCGUGGAGGUCCUUUCCGAAGCUUCUGUCAUUGCUGCCACCGGCUCUGUCGGGCCCACGGUGCUGGAGAUGUUCAACACGCUGCUGAGGCAGCUGCGGCUCAGCAUCGACUACGCCCUGACGGGGAGCUACGAUGGCGCCAUCAGCCUGGGCACCAAGAUCAUCAAGGAGCACGAGGAGCGCAUGUUCCAGGAGGCCGUCAUCAAGACCAUCGGCUCCUUUGCCAGCACGUUGCCCACGUACCAGCGCUCCGAGGUGAUCCUCUUCAUCAUGAGCAAGGUCCCGCUGCCUUCCCUGCACCACCCCGUGGAGACCGGGAGGACAGGGGAGAACAGGAACCGACUGACCCAGAUUAUGCUGCUGAAAUCCCUCCUUCAGGUAUCCACAGGUUUCCAGUGCAACAACAUGAUGUCAGCCCUGCCCAGCAACUUCCUUGACCGCCUCCUCUCCACUGCCCUCAUGGAGGACGCAGAAAUCCGUCUCUUCGUUCUAGAGAUUCUCAUCAGUUUCAUUGAUCGUCAUGGAAACCGCCACAAGUUCUCUACCAUCAGUACCCUCAGUGACAUCUCUGUGCUGAAGCUCAAAGUGGACAAGUGCUCCCGACAGGACACCGUCUUCAUGAAGAAGCACUCCCAGCAGCUCUACAGACACAUCUACCUGAGCUGCAAAGAAGAAACCAACCUACAGAAGCACUACGAGGCGCUCUAUGGCUUGCUGGCGCUCAUCAGCAUUGAGCUGGCCAAUGAGGAGGUGGUGGUGGACCUCAUCCGCCUGGUGCUGGCUGUGCAGGACGUGGCCCAGGUCAAUGAAGAGAACUUGCCUGUGUACAACCGCUGUGCCCUCUACGCGCUGGGUGCGGCCUACCUGAACCUCAUCAGCCAGCUCACGACAGUGCCUGCCUUCUGUCAGCACAUCCACGAGGUGAUAGAAACCAGGAAAAAGGAGGCGCCGUACAUGCUCCCUGAGGACGUGUUUGUGGAGAGGCCCAGGCUAUCUCAGAAUCUUGAUGGAGUGGUGAUCGAGUUCCUCUUCCGCCAGAGCAAGAUCAGCGAGGUCCUGGGGGGCAGCGGCUACAACGCUGACAGGCUCUCCCUGCCCUACAUCCCCCAGCUGACAGAUGAAGAUCGCUUAUCGAAAAGGAAGAGCAUUGGAGAGACCAUUUCCUUACAGGUAGAGGUGGAGUCAAGGAACAGCCCAGAGAAGGAAGAGCGGGUCCCUGCCGAGGAGAUCACCUAUGAGACGCUAAAGAAGGCCAUUGUGGACAGCGUAGCCGUCGAGGAGCAGGAACGUGAGCGGCGGCGACAGGUGGUGGAAAAGUUCCAGAAGGCACCCUUUGAAGAAAUUGCAGCACACUGCGGGGCCCGGGCUUCACUGCUGCAGAGCAAACUCAAUCAGAUCUUUGAAAUCACCAUCAGGCCCCCACCGAGCCCCUCGGGGACCAUCACGGCAGCCUACGGUCAACCACAGAACCACUCCAUCCCGGUCUAUGAGAUGAAGUUCCCCGACCUGUGUGUGUACUGAGUUCUCAGAUGGAGCUCCUCGGAGGGCCGGAGCCUGAGGAAGCGGGGUUCACCCUCACACUCGCCCUCACAUGGACAUCCGGCUGGGAUCUCUCGAGUGUCUUUGGAUGACAGCGCCUCUCCAGCUAAGCAAAGCCAGAGCCCCCAGGCCUCCCCCCAGUCCUUCCUGGUCCUCCUGCCUCCUCCUGUCUCAGAGCCAGCCAUCUGGCCCUGGGGACCAAUAAGCAUCUCACCUGCACCCCUUGUCUUCUUUGUGUCAGCCAGGGGUAUAGAGUCAUGGGGGUGUCUGCAGAGAGGCUGAGGGGCCCAAGAAACUUCCACGUAGUGUGUUGAGUGAAGGGCUUUCACUGGGGGUGCAGCUGUGGGGGCACAUCUGCCAUUCCCUGAGAAGGGAACUAGACAGAGACUUGGCCAGUCAAAGGGAGCCACUGACUACACUCGGGAGGGCCGGCGAGAGCUCCCCUAAGGACGUGCAGGGGCAAGGGCUGGAAGAUAACCGUCUGCUCUCUCCCGCCUCCCCAUUGAGUCGAUGGUGUCUCUUCCACUCCCGUGCUCACCCUCCUGGAGUCUGUUAGUGUUUAGCCACAGGGGUCGGAGGAAGGGAAGGCUGGCAGCAAAGGAUGUAGGGAAGGGCGAGCUGUCCAGGUGAUAGACAGUGGUGGCGGGUGGCGGUGGGAGCUGCCUCCUGCAGCUCUAGGAGCACAGUGGGCGAGCCCUUGUCCCUUGAUAGCAUCUUCUCAGCUCCUUGCAUUGGCACUCCACGAGUUCUCCACCUUCUGGAUGCUUCUCUGAAUUGGGUUUUCUCUCUCUCUUUCUCUGAUGUUUUUCUCCUGAGGAUCCCAAGGUGUUUCUAGAGCCUCUGGGUUGAUCAUCUGGUUCUAGGUGGCUCCAAAAGAGCCAUACCCCCAUUACUGCCUGUGGAAAAGGGUCUCCGUCUUGCCCGAGUGGGGCUGGGGUGUGGAGGAAGGGAGGAGGGAAGAGGAGAAGGAGUUGGAUUUGGGAGCCUAAGGAUGUCGGAAGCCAAUAUACUGCAUGUUCCAUUCAAGCAAAGAAGGAUCCAGCAAUUCAUAUUGGAAUGAUUUUGUCACUCUGGACAAGAUCUGGGACAACAGUGCCAACUGGCAAUGUGUGGCCUAGGUAGAGGCAUUGGGGACCCCUUGAGUUCUGGCUUCUGUUCUCCCCGCUGUCAUCUGCCUGCCUACCUGUCUGUCUGUCUGUCUGUGUAAGUAGUGAGUACAGAGAGAACUGGUGCAGAGCGGGGCCCUCGUUGCCCCUUCCUGCCCUUCCAGGUGCCUGUGUGCCUCCAGGGACAUCGCAGGCAGAACCUCCCUGGGCCUUCCCUGAGGUAACCCCUGAAGGUCUGAAAUGGCCCUUUCCUUCUCUUCCAGUGGAAACUUUCAUAGUGUUUCUGAGCUGAUAACUCACAUUAAGGUGUGAAGGGUCAAAUGCUCCCUCCUUGGAGAACUUGCUUUUUAAAAGGAGAGAGGAUGAGUGUAUUUCUUGACCUAAAAGAACCCCUUAUAGGAUACAUCUUAGGCAGUAUGACCUGGGGGCCAAAGUAGGAUGUUUCUGCUAAAACACCCUCAGAUCACACCCCGCCCGACAGGAUGGCGAGAGCCUAACUACGAGGGCCGAUGGGUGUGUGUUCGAAAGCCAGGCAGGAUGCGAACACGUGCACUUCCUCACCAUGUGUGUGAAACACUUCCUGGGGAGGUGGAUUGCCUAACCCUUGUCCCUGUAGCUCCCCACUGUGGAUGCUGCUGUCCCCUUGGUCCCUGCCUCUGUGCUGUGGGCAUGUGGCUUCCUGAUGGCCUGCAUGUUCACGGGGUCCGGGAGAGGCUCCUGCUUCCCCUGGAGCCUUUUGGCUGUGCUCUCUGGCUUUUGGCUUAUAUUCAACCAACUUUAUAAGCAUGACCUUAGAUUUCUCUUUAAUAACUCUGUAUUAAGAAGCCAAGUUUGAAAUAACUUUAAACAAACUCAAAGGCAAAUCAUCUGUAGAAGAAACUUUAAAGAAAAUCUAAAUCUUGAGUCACAAACAUAUCAUUUUGCACUGGAUCUUCCCAUCCAAUGCUUGACUUGGACGAGAGCCUCCCAUUGCUUUCAUGAAUCUAUGGGUCGAUCCUCAGGAGACCUCACCCUGAGCCCUGCCUGUGAGGCCCUAGUUCUGGGCCUUGGGAAUCAUUUCCUUGGAGCAUCUUUCUAGAGCCGGCAUCAGGACCAGAGAACUGAAGGUCUGCUCAGAUGUCUGUCCCUCAGCCUCCUCCUGGGAACAGAAAGAAGAGAAAGAUGCAGGGUGCCCGCUCCGCGUAGGCUCAACUGCUCUUUUCUCUCCACCUGUCCAAGGUAGCUUUGUUUUACAUCACCAACCACUGCUUGGUAGAGAUGUGCUUUUUCCGGGGAACUGGCCAUUUUUUUAGUGCCCUCUUCUCAGCUGCCGUUUACAUCUACACUGGAUAGAAUAUUAGGUUGCGUGUUCACAUGGUGUAGAACCUGGAUUCUGGCCAAGUGUGCCUCGGAGUUGGGGAGGUUAGGGAGAGUGUUAGGUGGAUAAUUGAAUGGUAAGCUAAGUAGCCUCCUCAGCUCCCAGUACAUCCUGGGAAAGGGGCAGAGCAGAGUUCGAUGGACUCCUGAGGCGAGCAAAGUGCCUGGGCCCUUAGCCUGGUGUCACUGUGCCCUGUCUUCCAAGCCCUCUGUUUCGGGUCCCAUUUGAUACUUUCCUCUGUUGUGAUAUUUGAGCUAAGAAGAGGUAGCAAGCCCCUCGGAAAGCCACCGAGGCCUCUGGCUCUGUAGGCAGAGGUAGGGCUGGUUCGUAUCCCCUGAUAAACAUUGACAGGCAUGAGUGGACUUGAGGUUUGGAAAUUCUGUUUGUUCCGUUGAGUUGUGCAGAUACAUAAGCAGAUCAGGAAGCCCCAGUAUGACCCUGGAGGCUCCUCCUGUAUUCCUUGAAUGGGGUCCCCAGUGCCCUACGCCUGUUCCCAUUUUCCUCUCUUUGGAAAAUAGAAAUAAGUGGUCUCUCAACUCAACUGCCACCUCAUUAGAAAAGGAGCCUGAGCAGGUCAGAAGAACUAGAAAGGUCCUCAGAUCCUUGCCUUUGUCCAGCACUCCCACCCCCCAACACACACACAACUCCACAUCGAUGAGCAGUGAAGAGGAGGAGCCUGGGACCCAGAGAGGUACUUAAAGAAGCACAAGUGUCAUAUAUGGGCCGCCCUUUGCCUGGGUAUGCUGGGUCCCCCGGGACACAUUUCAACUGCACUGAAAAUCAGUGCAGCCUUGAGGGUCUCCUAAAUGGCAGGCCUCUGGGCUUCUGUGGGGCCCCUACGUCACACUUUCCAGCUGCCAUUCUGUUGUCCCCAAUCCUUCCAGCCUGGCUAUAGAGAGUGCCCUUGAGAUGUGGAAGUGUUUUUCCCAGUUCCUCUUCAUGUCUAGGAAAUGGCAGCUGAUCAGUUGGAGGCCUGAAGAAAAGAGCUGAGUUUUAGGCUUAAAGGGAAAUCAGGUUAGGCCAGGCCAGCCCUGUGGCCCAGACCCUGGGUCAUGCUGUAGCAAGGCAUCCUUGCUUCAAGGGAGAAGGUUUAGGGCAGGGUGUUGCCACUUCAUCCCAUUAACCCCAGAAAUCUGUGACCCCUUGCCCUAAAUCCAGCCAAGGUCGAAGACUGCAGCAGAAUGUUCAAGUGGGCCCUGUCUGGAGCCAGACUAGUUGGGGAAGUGGUGAGAGGGAGACACAGGGCAGGGGAAGGGUUCUGUGGCCCUGGUGGGGACAGAGGCAGUUUUCUGUGCUCUCCUGUGGCACCAGGCUGGCUAACCAGGUGGUCUCUCCUUCGGGGGACCACGGGGCUUCAGCCCAUCACCUUCCCUUUGGAACUCUUCCUUCAUGACUGUCGAUUCUGGCAAAUAGAGGGCAAGAUCCAUCCACGAAUGCUGCGGCCCGGAUGUUAGGAUGUGUCUGUCCGUUCAGACCUUCAUAGCCUGGCUGAGUGUGUGUGCCCGUGUGCGUGCUGGUGUGUGUAAUGUAGUUUGUGGUUGACAAUAUAUGUAUAUAGUAGCUGCUGUGUUUAUAGGUGAGUGCAGAAUUAGUGCCUGUGGCAGUUUUCUGUAUUUUGAACUCAUCAAAUGAAUUUGUUUUAGGCAAGGGGAAAAAGAGUGAGGGGAUGCGUAGGAAGGACUUAGCCAAAUCACUCUUGAGGACCAUUAGAUGUGAUUCCCCAAUAAGCCUUCACGAUGCCCUUUUCAAAUAAAUGUUAAUGUGGUCACCACAUGCUUGGCUGUUUGAUUUCUUUAAAGGAAAUGGUUUCGGGGGAUGCAAAUAGAAUCUGAAAAUACCAACAGUGUAGGCUGACAUUUAACCACCCCGCCCCCACCCCCAUUACUUCACCGGCCUCAGACGGAAAGAGGGAAGGAAAGGAUGUUGCCAGGUGGAA